CAGUCAUAAUUUGUUUAUAUUUUUAUGUUGCGAGAUGUUAGAAGGAGUGAAACACGUGGUAUUAGUCCUUUCUGGAAAAGGCGGCGUAGGCAAAUCUACUAUUAGUACACAACUGGCCCUUGCGCUUAAAGAAUCUGGAUUUAAAGUUGGCUUGUUGGAUGUAGAUCUUUGUGGUCCCAGUGUACCAUAUCUAUUAAACUUAGAGGAUAAAGAUGUACAUCAAUCAUCUGAUGGAUGGGUACCAGUAUUUGCUGAUACAGAGCAGAGACUAUCUGUUAUGUCAAUCGGUUUUUUAUUAAAAAAUCAAAAUGACAGCGUAAUCUGGCGUGGUCCUAAAAAAACAGCUAUGAUUAAGCAAUUUUUAACAGAUGUAGUAUGGGAAAAUAUUGAUUACUUAAUUAUUGAUACACCACCUGGUACUUCAGAUGAACAUAUCACAGUGAUGGAAAACUUAAAAAAUGUUAAAUGUGAUGGUGCAAUUCUAAUUACGACUCCUCAAGCAGUUGCAGUUGAUGAUGUCUUGAGAGAAGUUACAUUUUGUAGAAAAACUGGGAUUCCUAUAAUUGGUAUCGUGGAAAAUAUGAGUGGUUUUGUUUGUCCAUCUUGUGAAGAGUGUACAAAUAUAUUUUCAUCGGGUGGAGGAACAGCUCUUUCAGAAAUGGUAAAUAUACCAUUUUUAGUUAAGGUACCUAUAGAUCCUCAAGUUGGUAGAUUACAAGAUAAAGCUCAAAGUGUUUUAGUUACUCUUCCCAAUAGUCAAGUUGCGCAAGUAUUUCGAAAAUUAGUUGAAGAACUUACUAAAAGUAAGGAAGCUUGAAACUAUAAAAUUGUAAGAUACAAAAUAAAUAAAAAUCAUAUAUUUUAUAA